GCUUCUCUACUACUGGCUGGUUUUCUCGGGCCGGUUGGUAAUGUCGCGCUGCGUAGUAGGAGCCGGAGGAGCAGGACACAGUCGGGGGCGGCACCGAGUGAGCUUGGUGAGGCCGGGCCGGGGUCACUGUGCGGCGGUGUCCGUGCCCGCCUGAGCCGCGGCCUGUCCGCUGUGUUACUGUGUCUGCCCCCUGUCACUCCACGGCUUGUGCACAGCUCGCAGCUAUCCAUACUACGCUACACAUCGUCAGGGUGUUUAAUAGUAGCUCUGUCUCCGCGCAGGAGUUGCAGCGUGCUGUGUGACUGCAUAGACGGUAAUUUCGUCUAGCAGCUAUGUCAGUAUGUGAUGAUCUUUUACUAUGCAACUUUCCUAAGUGCCGGGUAAAGUUGUCUGGCCGUGCCUGGGUCACUGCUUGCUCACAUAUUUUUUGUGACCAGCAUGGAAGUGGAGACUUCAGCCGAUCUCCUGCUGUUUGCCCAGCCUGUAAUAGCACACUCUCCAGUAAGCUGGAUGUUGUGCGUACUGAGCUGAGCCCUUCAGAAGAACAUAAAGCUAUGAUGCUGGCUGGUCUACGCCCUGAGAUUAUUCUAGAUAUCUGCUCUCGUGCAUUGACAUUCUGGACCUAUCAGGUAUACCAGGAGCGUUUGUACCAGGAGUACACCUACAGCAAAGCAGAAGGCCAUCUGAAGCAGGUGGAAAAACUGUAUGCACACCAAGUACAAAGCAAGGACUCAGAGUUAGUCGCCAUGAAAGAGGAGGUGAACUCUUUGAAGAAAGUCCUAGAGGAAUACAAGAGAAAAUACAGUGAACUCUCAGAGAAACUGAUGGAACGAAACCGGCAGUAUCAUAAGCUGCAGGGAAUGUAUGACGGGUUGAGACUUCGCAAUAUUGCUAUGGCCAACCGAGAGACAAAUGGAGAGCGAGCUCCGCAUGAUCAGUUUGGGGCCUUUGGAAUCUCUAUGGGAAACAAGUUCCCAGCUGCUAGAACACCCCCUCUAAGAUCAAAUGAUGGCAAUUUGUAUGCACAAACAUUCUUCUGCACGUCCCCCUUUGAUGAUGCUGGAAACACCACCAAUGCAUCCCCUCGAAAUAAAACAGACCAGCAGAACUUGCCUUUAAGGGGUUUCAAAGUUAACAGGAUGUAAACUGCUGCAAAGUUUUGGAAUUAACACAUUUUCAAUACCAGCUUGGAGCAUAUAAACAUAUAUAUAUAUAUAUAUAUAUACCAGCUGAGUACAGUAACUAGUGCCAUUAACUAUUCAGAUAACUAGACAGAAUGGGCAUAGAUCUGUUCAUUAAAGUGUAUCAUCUACAACACUGAUGUAGGUGAACCCUCAGUGAAUAUGAGGGCCCUGACUAGUUUAGACCCUUGAACUACUGGUUAAUAAUUAUCCUCAUGUCACUGUUGAACCAUUUAUAAACAGCCAUUGUGGAAAAGUCAUCUCUCCUAUUAGUCACUUAUAAAUUGCUGGCAAAUAUUACCUGUUAGCUCCAUCACCCAAUCAACCAUCUCUGUACCUAUUGACCAUUACACAUUGUAAGGGAAUUUGAAAGGGAAACUCUGUGAAGACACUUGGACAUCUUUGUAGCGAUAGGCAAGUCAGAAGGCCUAAAUAAGGUUCUGUUUAGGCUCCAGAAGGUUGUAUUGGUUUACAACAAAAAACUAGGAACAUGUUUGAACUACUGUUGAAGAAUGUACUUGUAGUAUACUUCUAUUGGGGAAACUAGGUAAAGAUAGUUUUGUGUAUGGUAAUGGGGUUGUCUUAUAUUUCUGAAAGUAAACUUUGGAAGAAUUAUUUUGUCCUGUUUUUCUAUAGAUUAAAAAUAAAAUAAAAAAUAUUGUUACUUC